AUGUCCAAUCAAACAGAGGCAGUCGAUUCUGUCUCGAAUGGGAUUUUACAUAAUUUAUUAACAUCUAUCAUUCAAGACAUCGUUGCGAGAGAGAGAGUUAAGGUUCAAGUUUUGGAAACUAGAUACCCUAACCAUCCUUCUUACCAUAUAGAUAAUACUGGGACUCUAGAUAUACAUGGAGCUCCUAAGCGCCAAGAAUCAUCCCAAUAUUUUAACUGUCUAAAUUGUGGGAGAGAAAUUUCUGCAAAUAGGUUCGCUGCCCACUUACAAAGAUGUUCGAAUAGAGGCUCAAGAAGAUGA